AUGGAAACGUAUACAACGCAACACAUGUUUUCCUUCAACAUGGUUUGUUAUUUGGUUAUUUGAUUGGUAUUUAUAAAUUAAUUUUGAUUGUUUUGUUCAGAUUUAAGAAUAUUUUUGUAAAUGUCUAUCUUUAACUGUGCUCGUUCUCAUCUUAAUCUACCUUCUGUAGUUAAAUUCAAUGUGACUUUAUUGAAAUCUCUUUAUUCAUCAUCAGUAUAUGAUCUCUCAUCAUUAAACUCUUCCGUUGUACCUAAAGAGUCAGACUCUUGUAAAUUACCUCAACUAACUAUUCAUGAAGCUCUAAAAUGUAAAUUGAGUGAAAAACUGUCUUUAAAGGGUUGGAUUCGAUCUCACAGGCGUCUUAAGGAACAUCAUUUUAUGACAUUAAAUGACGGUUUGUCACCAAAAAAUAUUCAAAUCGUUGUGCCUACUAUACUUCUUGAAAGAAAAGGGGUGAAACCACAGUUUGGCUCAUCAAUUUGUUGUAAAGGUUCAUUGGUCGAAAGUCGAGGACCAGAACAACCUCUGGAGCUUUAUUGUGAAGAUAUUGAUAUUAUUGGUCAAUGUAACGUCUUAGAAUAUCCUUUCAACCCUAACACAUCCAAAAAUAACAAUUGGAAUGGAAUGCGUGAGCAUAUCCAUCUUCGGCCCAGAGCUUCACGAUAUGCUUCUUUGAUGAGAUUGCGUAGCGAUUUAAACUUCGAGAUCCACAAUUUGAUGAAAGAGAGUGGUUAUUUCAAUGUGACUACUCCGAUAUUGACCAAAAAUGAGUGUGAAGGAGGAUCGAAACCAUUUUCUGUUAAGCCUAUCGAUUACCCCGAUGACGUCAGCUUUUUCAAAGGAAAAGCCAAAUUAACUGUAUCAGCGCAACUUCAUCUUGAGACUGCUGCCUGUGCCCUUUCACGCGUUUAUACCUUAGGACCAACAUUUCGAGCUGAAGUCAAUAAAUCUCGUCGUCAUCUCAGCGAGUUUACUAUGUUUGAACUAGAGGAAGCAUUUAUCGAUGAUCUUGAUGUACUGAUGGACAAAGUAGAGUUUAUUGUGAAAUCACUAGCAUCAAAGCUCAUUGAUGGCCAAAAUGAAAAUUAUUUAGAUGUUUUGAAAUCAACUAAGUAUGAUUUAACCUACAGACUGCUAGGACGGUAUAUUAGGUUAACUUACGAUGACGCAAUAGAGAUAAUUAACAAAAAACAGGAUGUUCAACCUGCUGAAUUUGGAAAAGACCUUUCUGCUUUCCAUGAGACAGUUUUAUUGGAAUAUUUUGAACAUCAACCAUUGUUUAUAACACAUUUCCCUUCUGAAAUCAGACCUUUUUACAUGAAAUCAGAUGGAGACAGAGCUUUAUGUUUCGACCUGCUGGGUGCAGUUGGUGGAGAGAUAUGUGGAGGUAGUUUGAGGGAAGAUAAUUAUGACAAAUUAAAAUCUCGAAUGGACGAGGUCGAAGGAUUGACUGAAGAAUUAGACUGGUACCUUGAUCUUCGAAAAUAUGGUAAUGUUCCACACGGAGGAUGUGGUUUUGGAUUCGACAGACUGAUCCAAACAAUAACAGGACUAUCCAACAUAAAAGAUGUGGUUCCAUAUCCAAGAUUUUUAUACCAUUGCCCAUUAUAAAUGGCUAUAAUUAUUAACAAAUUAAAUUUAUCAUUAGCACUCACUACA